AUGACGAGGAAGAGGAAAAAGGUCAUCGAAUUAUGCAAAGUUCCUACUGUCGCUGAGCUGAAUGCGGACUACGUCGCAGACUCCGACGAAGAGGUCGUGACCCAAGAAGGAGACCCUACCACACAGCGUAAAAGUGAUCCACACUACGAUCAUGUUACCUUCAUUCCCCGUUCCCUCGAAUAUCUUCCAAAGGAUGUGACUCAGGCAAGCUGGAAUAUCGACUUCACUGCGGCAAAGCAAUGUUACGCCGAUAGGCGGUAUGGUGAUGUUGUACCUACCGAAAGGCCGGGGCUUGACAUCGCUUCCUUCGACCAGGCGGAUGUAAUGCUCAGCUCCAGGUUUGACUUUGACAUCAUGAUCACCUGA